CUCUAUCUACCUUUCGUCGAAUGCUGCGGGACUCGAGAAUGAUCAGCAGGAAUGUCGAUCUGUCACCUGGCAGCAUUUACGACAUCAUUGUGUAACUGCGAGUAACACGCGUGUAACGAUUGGGUAAUUUCUCGAUGGAGGUCAGAGAUUUGUGCGCUUAAUCGCGACGCCAGUUGAACAGCAGCAAGCAGGCCUGGAAUUUUGGUUCGGAGAUGAGCAUGGAGACUCUGAGCCGGUUGGUGUCGGGUGUGAGGUGAGCAGGUUCGUUGGGCGUGAGUCCUUCCCGAUUGGGAAUUCAGGGGGAGGCGAGUACGAAGACGCUGUCGUCUGGAGGAGUGGAUAUUAUGGCGGGUGUAUUGUCGGCCGCCAGUGCAGGUUCAGGUCCCGUGAACGCAGCCUCACAAAAUCCGUUUGAUAAGCCUUAUGGGCUGAUGGGAGGCACCUGGAUGCGGCCAUCACGCAGCUGGGUCGUCAAGACUGAGUCGAAUGUGAGGAGAGAGAAGAAAAAGCUUCCAGAUCCUCCUUGUGUUAUAUGCAAAGGGACCGGUAAAGUCAGGUGCAAUCGUUGCUCUGGUAGAGGACGAACAAACUUCACGGAGCUUGCAAUGCUACCAAAGGGAGAAUGGCCCAAGUGGUGUUGGGACUGCAGCGGCGGUGGAAGAAGCCACUGCACGCGCUGUUUUGGGACCGGAGAAAAGAGGGGCAUAAUUGGCUUCCAUGUGCCGGAAGAGGAAAUGACGGGACCACAAACAAACGGUUCUCAAAAUUGAUUGUCGAGACAUAUGUUACUGACGUUACAAUCUUGUUAGCUGGAUUGUAUAUUUAACUAUCCGACUUCAAAGGGUAUUUGUAUCCGAGGCCCAGUAGUCAGUGUAGACAGUUGCAGGGGGAACGGAGUUUAAUUGACAGGAUAUGGCUAGACAUGUAUCAAGAUAUAGAAGGUAAGUUCUGGUCAAUUGUUCAGAGAAUUUAUUUGUUUAAUAAGAUAUGGAUAUUGUCUG